CGAUUAUUAUUUAUUUAUCAUUUUUUGAAAUGAAGCAUUCCAUAUUUUCCAAUCCAAUGAGCGAAAAAUUGAUUUCAAUUUGAUUAGAAACGAUAGUCGUGAAGCUGCAGACUGACAGUAAUCAGCGUUCAGCGAUAAUUGUGCUCAAGUGCAGAUAAAUGGUAAUGUUUGAAUUUUAUUUACAUUUCGUUCAGCUCUAUCUGUAGCUCUAGUUAUUCGUAAAAUCACAAAUCCGCAUCACUGCCACAGAAAUUCUACAGUGAAUUACAAACAAAUCGAUACUUGAUGUUUCGCAGAAUGACUAUACUUACAAGUAUAAACCCAGCAUGAAUUGGUAUACUGUAAUUUUGGUGUUUCAUGUAUUGAGACUGAAUUUGUGUGUGGCUGCUUUAAGUCCAGUUUGCCCCGAACGACAGUUUUUGAACGCCUCAGGAGCAUGUGUCGACUGCACCGUAUGCAAACAAACGGAUAAAAAUAUCGUUCUACGGCAAUGUACCUCGUUCGAAGAUACGAUAUGUGGAUCAAUUUCCGAUUUGAAUAUAGAUUUACCUGGGAUCAAGGUUAAAUCGAAGUAUAAAAAUGAUAUCUCCAAUCAGUACCUAACCAUCCAAACCGAAGCCGAGCUGUCCAAAGAUAAUAUCACCGAAAUACUGAAAAAACUUUCCAGCCCGGUUGAAUCUAUGAACGAAGCAUCGAUGGAUGCUUCUAAUUAUUAUUAUUACGACGACGACGACGAUGAAUAUCCCGAUGAAGAUAAUAAUACCAGUACAGCUGCGAUAAAUUCUACUUCUAAUCUUCCAACGGAGAAAAAACCGAACAGUAAACCUUCCAAGAAAGAUGCUUCCAGCUCUGCACCUUCGAAACCGAUUCAGACCUUGUAUCCGGAUCUUCUCAACAACGACGAAGUAACCGUCGUAGACCCUGAUACUUUGAUGAAGAAACCGAAGAAAUUCAAACUCAAAGAAAGCACCGUAAAAAUGAACGAUCACUUGUUGAAAAUCGGCGAUACUAAAUUCAAAAUCGGCGAAGAAGAAAAAUCCAACGAUGGACGAUGGUUGCAGCUAUCCCAUCCUCAUAUAGUUAACCGUACAGUCUACUUCGAUUUGGCCGCAGAGCCGGCGAUAAAUAAAAAAGGAUCUACGUUCUUCAGCUCUGGAGAAAAGUUAACCGAUGAAGAAUACGCCAAAGAAAUGAGUAAACUUCUAAACUCAACAUCAGUGGUGUUAGAUGAGAAAGAUUCCAACGUACAGAAUCAUUCCAUUGAAACGAAUACCCAAGAAGAUUACCCCGAAUUGAGAAAUUUGGACGAUAUAGAUGGUGCUGAAAAUGACGACGACGAUGACGAGAACGAAGAAGAUGAAGAAGAUGAAGAUGCCGAAGACGAUAGUGACGAUGAAGACGACGACGAGCCCCUGAACUAUAACGAUAUCUUAUCCAAUAAUAAUUCUGCCAGCGUUGAAAAACAAGAUUUCGAUAUGGACGACGAUUACGAUCUGCAGGAAAGCGAUUACGCGGAGAGGCCGUUCAAUAUGGACAUACCCAGCAACGAUAUCAUUGCUGAGCCAUUCGUAGAAUCUUCGGUAAACUGGCAGAUACUGAUUUUGGUCGCAGCCAUGUCCGCUUGCUUGCUGUUUUUCAUCGUUAUUAGCGCUUACGUAUGCAUUUACAUGAGAAAAAGACAACAUUCCAAGACUACUUUUAUAGCAGAUGUUGAAGAUUUAUCUGUACGUGUAAACCUUAUGCAGCAUGCUGCCUUCGAACCGGACGAAUCGAGUAAUAUUAGAAAUUACAUCACGCAGUUGAGAAGAGUGAAAUUAAUCAGCGGAAAACCACCGAUAUACACUCGGAACUAAAUGAAAGAAGUAGGUAAUUCGUCAUUUCCCUACCGCGAUUGAAUACGUCUUUUUGUACUUCUUUUUUUUUUUAUUAAAAACUUGCCUAGUUUUAAUGUUAAAAACGUACAUUGCAUUUUACUUGCGUUUUCUUGUUCUUACUUUUUUAUAUUUAAUUAUUAUUUGAUUGUUGACUUUUUUUUCCAUUUUUAAAUAUUUGUGAUAAGUAAUUUGUAUUACUUAAAUUAAAUUGUUACUCGUUAUCCUGCA